UUUCCCAGUGGAAGCUACUACACACACAUACAGAAGCGAGCGUGGCUCGUGUGCUGCUCGAUCCCCCCUUCCAGCGCGGAGCUGAUAAAUAAAAUAUUGGCCGCUGCCUUUAUUCAGAUUCAUUAUUCGAGAAGUAUCCGGCGAGUAGGCGCCCGCUAUAAUACCGCGCUCUGCCGGUUGACACAAGUGCCCCGGCCGCGAAAGCUCGAGGACACGUUAUACUUUUUUUCUCCUCGCGCGCGCGCGACCGCAUAUACCCAAACUUACGCGAAGCUUUACGCUCAGUCGCUUCGCCCAGUGCCGCCCGUAAACGUCGUCUGCUCUCGCGUCCUUUCUGCGGUUCUUCGAAUUCAUCCGCGACUUUGGGCUCGAGAAUAAUACACAGCUAUUAGCUGUCGCGAGAGGAGCUCGCAGUUAUUCAUGUCGAGUGUGCAGCUGCAAGCUUGCAUCGCGAAUACGAAGCUUUUGCGCGGGAUUAUUAUGAUUUUAAGGAUUUUUUCGUUGUGAGAUUCGUAUAUUGUACACACGGAAAAAGUGCGCGACUGCUAUUCGACACACGCACACACACACGCACACGCACACGCACACACAGACACACACACACACACACGCAUGCACUCGAAUCGAAGAGGACGAUCAGAAGUGCGUGUUGCCGGAUAAUAUACGUUGAUUGUUUGCGACGUAACCGAUCGUUGUAACCGGCUACUCAGCUGCUACAGCUCUGCUAUACUACUGCCUCACGCAGCAAGAAAAAGGUCACGAAAGCGAAGAAGAAGGAGGAAAAAGACAGAAGAACGUGCGAAAAAAUGGUUCACCUCAGGCGCAAGGUAGGUCAUCGACACGGGGACUCCGAAUCGUACGAUUUUACAUUGUAUAAUAAUGACGCGAGCGCGCAGCGCGGGCUAUACUUCCUUUUUUAAAAUUCUAACCUAUUCCCGCGCCGAUCGCGGUAUGACCAACCUUACCUGAACCCGCGAGAGAGUUUCGCACGUGCUCCUAUCGUUGUCGUUACUUAUUUGUUGUUGGUUCAUCGCGCAGUGAAGAGAUUCGCUCCUCUCGCGCUUUACGUUUGCUGUAUAGUGAAAGUAGACAAGUAGAAGAAUAUGAAGUACUCGUGCAGAAAAAAGAGGAUAAAAUCGGGACUCACGUAAAGUAGCCUAAUGUUCUGAGUCAGGAAGAGGUACUUAGUCGGAAACGUGAAAGUCGAGAAAAAUGGCCCUCUUACGCAAUAAUGCUCGAUGACGAAUAUCAGGAAACAUCCACCUACAUCAUCUCCAUGGCAGCGAAUUUUACACUGGCGGAUUUGGUAUUUUAAUGAGCCUGAUCGCGCGCGCGCGCAUAUCGUUAUUUACACUGCAUACUCUUUAUAUAUGUAGUACACGAGCGUCGCGCUAGUCGGGGAAAAUUUUGAAACGAGAGAGAGAGAGAGAAAAAGAAGUUUCUGGAAUUGACCGAAAAAAAUUCUUUUCACUUAUCCUUGUACACGAACGUGCUUGUAUAGAUAAUAAUUCCUCUGUGCGUACUACCUUAUCUUUCAAAGUCAGCGAUGCAGAAAGAUAAAAGAAUCGCGUGUACUUAGUGGAAAAAAUAUGACACACCUCUGGGAAUAGCGAAUUUUAUUUUUUUUUAAACGAUCGAACGUAGUUUUUGGAGUUUUAUUAUCUUCGCUAUUGUGCAACAUGGAUGCUAUGUCUGUCGUACAAUCAGAAAUUUGCCAACCGUUAAGGCAAAUGUUUGACUAGUCUUCUACGUUGGUACAUGUUAAUGUACUAGCUGGUUAUUUGAUCGAGCGAAAUUUUUCUUUUAUCGCACCUGAUUAAACACUGUCGGAUCCUUGUUGAUAAAAAAUAUGAUUUAUCGUAAUCGGAAGAUCUUGUCCUUUGGUGGUCUCCUGAAUCAAUUGCAGCCAAAUGUGCGAUGGAGUUCUUCCUUGAAAAUCAGAGAUAAGGAGGCUGUACAGCCAGAAAGAACUUUCAAGUAUUCGGACAUGUCUGUUCGAUUGGCAGCACCACACCAGUUACAAAUAAAGCCAAAUGUAAGCGACCUGGCUUUUGGAAAAUACUUCACAGAUCACAUGCUGAAAGUCUUCUACUAUGAAGCUCUUGGUGGCUGGCAAAUGCCAGAAAUCACUCCGUUUGAAAAUUUGGUCCUACAUCCUGCUGCUAAAGUUCUUCAUUAUGCCAUUGAGCUGUUCGAAGGCAUGAAAGCAUACCGAGGUGUCGAUGGGAAAAUUCGAGUAUUCAGACCUGACAUGAAUAUGGAUAGGAUGAAUGCCUCAGCAGUGAGGUCUGGCUUGCCGACUUUUAAUGGAAUGGAACUGAUUAAAUGCAUAAACCGACUAAUUAGUAUAGAUCAAGAAUGGGUGCCUCAUUCGGAAGCCUCCAGCUUAUACAUAAGACCUACGUUGAUAGGCAUCGAUCCUACCCUAGGAGUGGCGACUUCGGACUCGGCAAUGCUUUACGUCAUUCUCAGCCCAGUCGGCUCUUACUUCAAGAGUAAAGAAUCACUCAGGGGAGUAUCUCUUCUCGCUGAUCCGCGAUACACGAGGGCCUGGCCCGGUGGCUGCGGUGACCGUAAGAUGGGAAGUAAUUACGCACCUACUAUUCACGUACAAAAAGAAGCGACAGAAAAGGGCCUGCAACAGGUACUUUGGCUUUACGGUGAUGACCACCAAUUGACUGAAGCUGGUACAAUGAACAUUUUUCUGUUCUGUAUUAACGAUCAAGGAGAAAAAGAAUUGAUCACACCCCCACUCAGUGGACUGAUUCUACCAGGAAUUACAAGAAACUCGAUUUUAGCAAUGACAAAAGAAUGGAAUCAAUUCAAAGUAACCGAGAGGACGAUCACAAUGACAGAAGUUCGUCAUCUACUAUCAGAAAAUAGAUGCCUGGAGCUCUUUGGUGCUGGUACUGCUUGUAUUGUGAGUCCAGUCUCAUACAUUGAGUACAUGGGUCAGGGCUUGCACAUACCAACAUUGGAUCACGCUGAGCCGGUUCACAGACUUAUUCACAAACAACUGACUGAAAUUCAGUAUGGCUACGUUGAUCACCCAUGGGCUAUGCCCAUCGAGUAAUUGAAGGCAAUCACUCUCAAGCAUUUUUCUGACUUAGGCUCGUUAAUCAGAAAUCAGUUUUUAAUUGGCAACAAGCUAAUUAAAUCGUCUGUAAAAUUCUGUUUCUCGAGUUUUGAACUGAGGUUCCUAUGAGUGUCAUUUUUUUAUUUAUUUAAAUAUUAGUGUAACAUUAAUUUGGAAAAGAUCAGCGAAAGCGAUACCAAAUUUAGCGAUAAUAAUAUUUAGAAAAUCGUCGCCUCUUUCCCUUAGUUUGGAGAAUCUUAUCAUGUGUGUGUAUAUAGUCAUUUCAAAUCGUUGCAAUUGUACAUAUAAGUAAAUUUAAUGCAUCUCGAUCUAAAAUAAUACAAAAGAUUUAUAUUUAUAAGAUAAGCAAACCACCUUUGGUUCUUCAUAUACAGACUGUUGUGAAUGCAACUGUCAACACUCACUGUGAUUUUAGAUUCACUACUCUUUUAUAAUAAUAUAGCUUUUUAACUAUAAAACAGUACUGCAGCUUUUAGGAGUCUAAUAUUAUUAAUAUGUAAUAGUACAGUCUUGUAAAAAAUGUAAAGAAAAAGAUAGAUUUGAAGAGUUCUUUAAUUAUGUAAAGAUAGUUGAUGGAAACCAAAAGGAAAUCAAGCGAUGUUGAUCUUGUUUGUAACUUUGUACAAAUUUAAAAAAAAAACUCGAUAUCAAACGUUUUUUAACAUUUUUAGAAGUAGUAUAUAUGUUAUUGGAUAUGAAGCAAAAACACAAUGUAUAGUUUGCUGAAUAAAUUAUUUUGUUUCA